GGUCGGCGCGCGCUUGCGCGGGGGGCGCGGAAAGAUGGCGGCGUGCGGCUGGGUCCGCGCGGCCCUGGUCCUCCUCUGCGCCUCAGACCUGCUGCUGCUGCCGCCGCCGCGGGCCUGCGCGGCCGAGAGCCCGGCCGGGACCCCCGGAGAGGCGCCCCCGCCGCCCCGGAAGAAGAAGAAGGACAUCCGCGACUACAACGACGCGGACAUGGCGCGGCUCCUGGAGCAAUGGGAGAAGGAUGACGACAUAGAGGAAGGGGACCUCCCAGAGCACAAAAGGCCCUCGGCGCCCAUUGACUUCUCGCAGAUCGACCCGGGCAAGCCCGAGAGCAUCCUGAAGAUGACCAAGAAGGGGAAGACCCUCAUGAUGUUCGUCACCGUGUCGGGGAGCCCCACGGAGAAGGAGACGGAGGAGCUCACCAGCCUGUGGCAGGGCAGCCUCUUCAACGCCAACUACGACGUGCAGAGGUUCAUCGUGGGGUCCGACCGCGCCAUCUUCAUGCUCCGGGAUGGGAGCUACGCCUGGGAGAUCAAGGACUUUUUGGUCAGUCAGGACAGGUGUGCUGAUGUCACGCUGGAGGGACAGGUGUACCCUGGCAAAGGAGGAGGCGGCAAAGAGAAAAACAAGACCAAGCAAGAGAAGGGCAAAAAGAAGAAAGAGGGAGACCCAAAACCGCGGGCUUCGAAGGAAGACAAUCGGGCUGGGAAUAAAAGAGAAGACCUGUGAUGGGCCGCGCUGGCUCUGUGGGCAGCACCGGGCCAGAGAGCAUGGCCAGGGCUCGCGGGGCUGGGGCGGGCGUGGGAACCGCACACCAAUGAAAUCCCACUUUCUCCCAGAACACGUCUGCCACAGGACCCAUUUGUGUCAGGCUAAGAAUUACUGUUAAAAGGCUCCACGUAAGAAGGCAGGGGUUUCGGAAUUAACGUUGAACACCGACACAUUCGUGGUGGCUGUAAAAUCCCUUCAGAUGGAAACCUGACUCCUGCUUUUUCCCACUUAAAUCUGAGGAGUCGUCGACGCCGCCGUGGCACCACCCCUUAUCGGCCCUGCUCGCCUGCACGCCCGUGCUUUUUAUUCUGUUAACUGAGAGGGUACCAGGCUCUGCUCAGACAGGCUUAAGGCUCUCGACCUAACUGACUCAGGCUCCUGGUGCCACCAACCUCGUUCUCGUCACUGUGGGAUUCAAACCGGCCAUGGGGGCGCACAGGGCUCUGGUAUCCAAAUACUCCCGGGGCCAGGCAUGUGCAGCCUGAGCCUGUGCUGAGAUGCGGAGGCAGAGCUUGUGGGGCGCGGCGAUCCUGAGCGGCCUGAGCCCCUCAGUGCAGAGAGCUCUUGGUGUCUGUCAGGUUUGUGCGGCGUGCAGAGUUCGGGGGCUGUGUGCUGGGUCCUCAUCCGGGAAAGGAGUGCUACUGCUGGGUGGCAUGAUCACUUAAUGUCACAGUUGUAAGGGUGUCAGUCGGGAAUCAGAGUGGUUUGCAGAAGGGUGGCAGAACACUCAGUAACCUCAUUCAUUUCUAAAUGUCUUUCUUUGAUAAAGUGCCUAAAUUUGCAGUGUUUUGUAAGGUACUAAUGUGAUGUGCUACCUGUUACUGUCUGAUUUUGCUGUUCGUGACCCAGAGUCCACUCCGAGUAAGUGUUACAGCAUUUCUAUACAGGUGUCACUUUUAGGAACUAAAAUUAUUUGUAAAAAACUUCCAUUGGGAUUUUUAACAAAUUAAAACUAGCACACGUAUGUGGUUAGGAAGUGUCGUUGUUGAAGAAUGGCACAAAGUGAGCAGUCUGCAGCUGCCUCGUGCCACCGCCUUGUUCCCAUGGGAGCUGCUCAUCACUUGUUUAAGGAAAAAAGCAUACAUUCUCCA